UAUGUAACUUAAUUAUAAUAGUAUAACAGGUUGAUUUGAAUUUAAUUUGAUCAUCUACCUCUAUCAUGAAACCUUAUGUAACCAUAACCAACUCCAAAAUAAAAAAAUGUGCGCCGAAAUUGGACACAGAUUUUCAUUUGUCCGUUUCUUAUUUUCUUGAUCUUGAUUGGUGGAACAGUGAUCCAAGAAGUUCCUUGAAAUCUUGGCCAAUAAUUCCGACAUGGUAACAACAGAUUCCGAGAUAGAAAUGGAUUCACCGUUGGAAUCAGAUCAGCAGCAACAGCCUAAGAAUCAGUCGUUGGGGCGGCAGUCGUCGAUAUACUCCCUCACGCUCGACGAGUUCCAACACACUCUCUCUGAGAAUGGCAAGAAUUUUGGAUCCAUGAACAUGGAUGAGUUCCUCAACAGCAUAUGGACCGCCGAGGAAAAUCAAGCACACGGCCAAGGACACGCAACGAAUGGUGCUGGCGCCAUCCCUGGCCAGCAUUUUCAGCUGCAAGAAAGCAAUGGGGAGGGAAUAGCCAAGCAGCAUAGCUUGCCUAGGCAGGGGUCACUCAGCAUCCCAGAGCCUCUGUGCAGGAAGACCGUAGACGAGGUGUGGUCAGAGAUUCACGGGAGUCAGCACCACGGGAAUGGCGGCCACGGCCAUAUUCUGAAUCCCGGGACUACUACUCACAAACAGGCUACUUUUGGAGAGAUGACACUCGAAGACUUCUUGAUACGGGCCGGGGUUGUGAGGGAACAGAAUUUCGCGAUGGCGCCACCUCAGCAACAGCAGCCGCCUUUUGGAAUGUACCAGAACACUAACCAUCCCGCGAUGGGGCCGGGAUUCGCCCAGAGCCCGGUGAUGGCUGUUGGAGUUGCUGCUUCCGGGAUCAACUCUGUUUCGGGUUAUCAUCCACUACAGAGUGGUGUGGGAGAUACGACCGGCUAUGGAGGGAUGAAAAGGGGCGGUGGAUAUGCCCCACAAGCCCCUCCUCCGGUGGGGAGCUACGGAGGGAGAGUGGGGAACGGAAGCGGAGGGGGGUUUGGGGGGUUGGGAAUGGGGUCACCGGUCAGCCCUUUGUCGGAUGGAAUGGGAGCGAACCAAGUUGAUGGAAUCGAGGGGAUGAGAGGAGGGCGGAAGCGGACGUUAGAAGGCCCGGUGGAGAAGGUUGUGGAGAGGCGGCAACGGAGAAUGAUCAAGAACAGGGAGUCCGCUGCAAGAUCCAGAGCAAGGAAGCAGGCUUACACGGUCGAGCUCGAGGCCGAACUGAACCAACUCAAAGAAGAGAAUCUACACCUCAAGCAAGCUCUGGCUGAGUUAGAGGGGAAGAGAAAACAGCAGUACUAUGAGGAAGAGGAGGCGGCAAGACAAGCACAAAUGCAGUCAAAAUCAUACAAAGCUAAUGAGAAAUUAAGAGCAAUGAGAAGGUGCUUGAGCUGUUCGUAUUGAGAAGGCUAAGUAUAGUUAUGGAGGGCAUCAAAGCAGCUAUAGAAUUCAUAUAGUCUUAUAGUAUGUUUUUUCAUGAGUCUUCUAAAUAUAUUUGGUAGGGCAAUUAGAUGAGGAAAGUUGUUUCUACAGGGAUAUGUAAUCUUAUCUUAUACCUAAAAUCUAAACCAGGUAUGAUCUCUCUUCUCCAUUUUAGAAGGUAUGAACAGAGCAAAAGCAUCCAUAUUUUGAUAUGCAGAUCCCCUGUCUAUGUUCAGAGCAAACAAAGCAUAGCAUGUGGUGUUUGUUCUAAUUAGGUUUUCUCAAGCUAUAAAGGUAGAGCAGAUCAACAUAUUAUGUUACAUGUAUCAGCAUCAACGGAGUGUAUUACUCUGUUUCUCUGGUUUUCAAUUUACUGUAUUUACCAUUUAUCCUCGUGUAAUGGAUCAAAUCAACCUUUUGGGGAGACAAGGAAGGAUGAAUCAGAAUUAGAGGUAGGGAAAUUGCAAUAAUCAUAAAGCAAUGGCUGAAUUGAUUGAAUCCGCCCAAUAACGUAAGAAGAAAAAACCCUCGGUUGCCGAAGAAGCUAGAUUUUCAGCUAAGUAUUUUCAAGCGAAUACAAUAUCAAAGGCUUUAGUCACUAGUUUGGAGACUUACGA